UUUACACCCCUACCUUCGUAAAUGGAUCGGUCAUAGAGGAAGAGGAGAGAGAAAUAGAACGAGCUUUGGUUUGUGAGGGGAUGGGUGGUUUAUGCGCCAAAGAAAGCGGCAAGAAGACUAAGAAGAAGGAUCAGAUCGCAAACGCCUCACCCCCUGUAGAGAAGUUUGCUAAGACAAGUCAAUCAGUGGAUAACAAAAAGGAAGAUUCUGCUGAAUAUAAGGAGUUAUUAUCAAAUAGUGGGUCUCAACAGAUUUCUGCUCAGACAUUUGCCUUUAGGGAACUGGCAGCUGCAACAAAGAAUUUCAGAGCCGAUUGCUUUCUUGGAGAAGGUGGAUUUGGCAAAGUUUAUAAGGGUAGGUUGGAGAGCUCUAACCAGAUUGUGGCUAUAAAGCAACUUGAUCAAAAUGGUUUGCAAGGAAAUCGAGAGUUCUUGGUAGAAGUAUUGAUGCUUAGUUUACUGCACCAUCCUAAUCUUGUUAAUCUAAUCGGUUAUUGUGCGGAUGGCGACCAAAGGCUUUUGGUCUAUGAAUAUAUGCCGCUGGGAUCAUUAGAAGACCAUCUUUACGAUCUUUCUCCGCAAAGGAAGCGACUUGAUUGGAAUAUGAGAAUGAAAAUAGCUGCUGGUGCUGCAAAGGGGCUAGAGUAUUUACAUGAUAAAGCCACUCCUCCAGUAAUAUAUCGAGAUUUGAAAUGCUCGAACAUUUUACUCGGCGAUGGUUAUCAUCCAAAGUUAUCAGAUUUUGGUUUGGCGAAGCUUGCUCCGGUUGGUGAUAACACACAUGUUUCUACUAGAGUGAUGGGUACUUAUGGAUAUUGUGCCCCUGAGUAUGCAAUGACUGGUCAAUUGACAGUUAAAUCAGAUAUUUACAGCUUUGGAGUUGUGUUGUUAGAGCUAAUCACAGGAAGGAGAGCUAUUGAUAAUUCUAGAACUGCAGGGGAGCAGAAUCUAGUUGCAUGGGCCCGCCCCCUCUUCAAAGACAGAAGGAAGUUCUCUCAAAUGGCUGAUCCAAUGCUUCAGGGCCAGUAUCCUGUAAGAGGCUUAUACCAAGCUCUCGCCGUCGCCGCCAUGUGCGUUCAAGAGCAACCCACCAUGAGGCCUCUGAUAGCUGACGUUGUAACUGCACUCAACUACCUUGCUUCCCAGCUCCAUAACCCUCAGAUUCCGCCUGCUCAAAGCACUUCUCGAUCUGUUUCAUUUGGCACUCCUCCCCGCAUGCUUAAGGGAAAGCAGGGCGAAAGUGAUAGCCAGGAGAAAUCACUCGAGAAUUCCUCAGUAAAUCAGUAGUGAUUUCAAUGUAUAUUCUUUGAUCACCAAUCUUUUUUUCUAGUGUAAGCUGAUAAGUCGAGUUUGAGCCCAUUUUCCUUUUCUUACAGUUGCAAACUCAACUAUUAUCUAGAUUUCAAUUAUUUAUUUUAUUUUAUUUUUUUGAAUCUUUGGCAGGUAACGGUCAUGUCCUUCCUUUAAAUGAAAAUAGUUUUUGAAGUGACGGUUCAUUUGUUGCUGUACAUGUGAGCUUCUGUAACGAUAUGUACAAUGUAAUGAACAGCAUUCAUCUCCAUUGGUAUGAUUUUGGUUAGUUAAAUGAAGAUAUAUAUCUGUGUAAUUUCAUCAA